GACAUCCCGGGUUGUCCUGCCUUGAACUUUUUACCACAUCAGGGCUCUUUUUGCUUGGAGAUUUAGUGUAUCUAGCUAUUUUCAUAGGAAUAUCCAAAGCAACCAGUUUAUCAUGUCUGACAAUGUUGCUCACGCUUUGGCCGGUGCCGGCGGCGGUAUGGUCAGUAUGGCUCUGACUUACCCGUUGACGACCUUGUCGACCCGCUCGCAAGUCAGUAAAAGUGGCGGCCGUAUUAGCCAAGUUGAGGCUUUCAAGAGGAUCAUGAAGGAGGAGGGACCGAAAGGAUUCUACUCCGGGAUCAACUCUGCUAUGUUUGGGAUUGCCGUUACCCAGUAUGUGUAUUACUACUGGUACGAGCUGGUGAAAGCGGGGAUUGAAAAGGGCGUUGCUGCUGGACGCGCGCUGACCAUUGGGGAAAACAUGUUGACGGGUGCCAUUGCAGGUGCUGCCACCGCGACAAUUACUAACCCCAUCUGGGUUAUCAACACACGACAAGUUGUCAAGAAGGAAUCUACUGGUGAUGAUGGCAAGCCAACCUUCAAGAAGCAAAGCACUUGGCAAACCGCAUUGAAGAUUCUCCGAGAAGAGGGCCCUGCUGGAUUUUUCCAGGGUAUCCUACCAGCGUUGAUCUUGGUCAUCAACCCUGUUAUCCAGUUUACUGUUUUCGAACGUCUCAAGGCAUGGCUGCAAACUCGCAAGGGAAACCUUAGCGGCUUGGACUUUUUCUUGCUUGGUGCCAUCAGCAAGUUGGCCGCUACCUCAAUCACUUACCCGUACAUUGUCGUAAAAUCCCGCAUGCAGCUCAAACAGACGGGUGAUGAGAACAGCCGAUACAGAUCUGUUUUGGACGGGUUCCAAAAGAUCAUCAAGACCGAGGGCGUGAAGGGUCUUUACAAGGGCAUUGAAGCUAAGCUCGUGCAGAGUGUUUUGGCUUCCGCCUUUACCUUUGCAUUCAAGGAGGAACUCUUCUCCUCCGCUGUAUGGUUGCUUGUACUCCUCAGGUUGCGGGAGCCAAAGGUUUCCGCUUGAAAAUUAUUACCAUAGACCUCAGUUCAGAGUAAAUCAGAGUGCCGGAUGCGCAUCAGUCCGUUGUUCAUAGUCGUAGAAUCAUAAGCCACUGGAACCUUAAUAACGAUACCGGUGCCUUCAAGCCAA